UCUGCCAGCUGUGAUGUCUAACUUCACUGUUACUCUGAAGUACAAGUACAGAAGGAUCUUAUCAGGGGAACUUUUCUUCUGUAACGGAUGAUGUUCGUGUUUUUCACCCCCCUAAUCCUCUCCCAGGUGGGCGGCAGCUUUUCAGACGGUGAAGCUUCUCUUUAUGGCUGUGUUCCCUUGCUGAAGAGGCCUAACGCGGGUUUGUGUGACCUGAAUGUGGUGUGGGGAGUGGCGGUGCCAGUCAGUGUGGUGGCCCUGGUCUCGCUGAUCCUGGCCUUGGUGCCGCUGUGCUGCCUGUGGUGGAUCACGGACGCUGAGAGGCACAGUGGAACGGUGCUGCUGCUCCUCCUGAUCACCGCCAUUGUCGGCCUCUGCGAAUUCAGCUUCACCUGCCUCACUGAGAGCUACAAGCAUCUUCGCAUCACCCAGUGUGCCCUCUGGGGGGCUCUGUUGCAAAGUGCAUUGCAUGCCUGGUGUAACUUUUUUGUUUCUAAAUAAUGAAAGU